AUGUGCAAACCUCGGCAGACGAAGAGGGGGCAAGAAUCUCCCCUCUCUCCUUCCUCAUCUCCGGCGAGGCCCCGACCCCGCACCCCACGGCGGCCGGAGGCGAUGGCGAGGAAGGGCGUGUCGUACGUGACGGCGGCGCAGCUGGUGUCCAUGGUCAGCGACCCGCGCGUCGCCAUCAUCGACGUCAGGGACGAGGAGCGGAUCUGCGACGCGCACAUCGCCGGGUCGCACCACUACGCCAGCGACGGCUUCGCGGACCGGCUGCCGGAGAUCGCCGAGGCCACCCGGGCCAAGGACACCCUCGUCUUCCACUGCGCCCUCAGCCAGGUGCGCGGUCCAUCUUGUGCAAGAAUGUUCCUGGACUAUUUAUCAGAGGCCAAGGAAGAGUCAGCGGUGAAGAGCAUCACGGUCCUCGAGCGUGGAUUCAACGGAUGGGAGCUUUCAGGGAGAGCUGUUUGCCGCUGCAAGGAUGCUCCUUGCAAGGGUGUAUGCUCUUGA